GCAGUUCCGUGGUGGGGAUGGUGAGGAGCGCCGGCUUCGCCAGCAGCGCUGGCCACUGCGGACUUCCGAGGCACUCCGGGCCGUGAAAACCCCUGCCGCCGCGGCCAAUCUCAGGCCUCCGAGGCCGGCCGCAGUUCUCCAAGCUGGGCUGGAAGGAGUGUCUAGCGCGGUAGCGCCGGUUCUCCUAACCCCGAGAGACAGCCCGGAGAUCUCGAGCUUCCCCGGCGACCCCUAGUCCCGGCUUCCUGUGCGCGCCCGACUCAGACCCCCUCGGGUGUCCCGGGCGCGGACAAGCCGCGGCCGGGUCCUGGCGCACACCAUGAUCGUAGCGGACUCCGAGUGCCAUGCCGAGAUCAAGGGCUACCUGCCGUUCACCAGGGGCAGUGUGGCCGGCCCCGAGACCCGAGAGGAGCAUCGGGAAGGCCAGGCUCGGCGAGGCCCCCGAGGGCCCAGCGCCUUCAUCCCAGUGGAGGAGAUCCUUCGGGAAGGAGCGGAGAGCCUGGAGCAGCACCUGGGGCUCGAGGCUCUGAUGUCCUCAGGGCGGGUGGACAACCUGGCGGUGGUGAUGGGUCUACACCCUGACUACCUCAGCAGCUUCUGGCGCCUGCACUACCUGCUGCUGCAUACGGAUGGGCCCCUGGCCAGCUCCUGGCGCCACUACAUUGCCAUCAUGGCUGCUGCCCGCCACCAGUGUUCUUACCUGGUGGGUUCCCACGUGACUGAGUUCCUGCAGACGGGCGGUGACCCCGAGUGGCUGCUGGGUCUCCACCGGGCCCCGGAAAAGCUGCGCAAGCUCAGUGAGAUCAACAAAUUACUGGCGCAUCGGCCGUGGCUCAUCACCAAGGAGCAUAUCCAGGCCUUGCUGAAGACUGGUGAGCACAGCUGGUCCCUGGCCGAGCUUAUCCAUGCGCUGGUCCUGCUCACCCACUGCCACUCCCUGGCCUCCUUUGUGUUUGGCUGUGGAAUACUUCCUGAGGGAGAUGCAGAGGGCAGCCCUGCCUCCCAGGCACCUUCACCUCCCAGUGGGCAAGGCAGCCCCCCAAGCGGGGACCCACUGAACAACUCAGGGGGCUUUGAAGCCGCCCGUGACAUCGAAGCUCUGAUGGAACGCAUGAGGCAGCUUCAGGAGAGCCUGCUGCGGGAUGAGGGUGCUUCCCAGGAGGAAAUGGAGAACCGCUUUGAGCUUGAGAAGUCAGAAAGCCUGCUGGUGACCCCCUCAGCGGAUAUCCUGGAGCCUUCUCCACACCCAGACAUCCUGUGCUUUGUGGACGACCCCACAUUUGGAUAUGAGGACUUCACUCGUCGAGGGACUCAGGCGCCCCCAACCUUCCGUGCCCAGGACUAUACCUGGGAAGAUCACGGCUACUCACUGAUCCAGAGGCUCUACCCUGAGGGAGGGCAGCUGCUGGAUGAGAAGUUCCAGGUUGCCUACAGCCUCACCUACAACACCAUUGCCAUGCACAGCGGCGUGGACACCUCCAUGCUCCGCAGGGCCAUCUGGAACUACAUCCACUGCGUCUUCGGCAUCAGAUAUGAUGACUAUGAUUAUGGGGAGGUAAACCAGCUCCUGGAACGGAACCUCAAGAUCUAUAUCAAGACCGUGGCCUGCUACCCUGAGAAGACAACACGCAGAAUGUACAACCUCUUUUGGAGGCACUUCCGCCACUCAGAGAAGGUUCAUGUGAACUUGCUGCUCCUCGAAGCCCGCAUGCAAGCAGCCCUGCUCUACGCCCUCCGUGCCAUCACCCGCUACAUGACCUGACUACCCCACACGCAGGACCAGCACCCGGAGCAGCUGCCCCUGGGCCACUGUCUUCUGUGCAAGGACUUCUGUGUCUGGAGACAGAUCCAGGACCCUUUCUGUCUCGUGUCUGUCCACCGAAUGCUGGGAACGGGCAUGCGUGUGGCCGUGUGCAGCACCCAAGGCAAGCCACACCUUCCUUUUCCUCACUGGAAUGAACAGGAUCGUCGCACUGGCUUUGGGGUCUCAGCUCUGUCCCUGGAGCUGGAAGAUUAGGAAAGGCCAAGGACCACACCCCCUCUUCUUUCCCUGCUCCUGAUGAAGGCUACAGAGCUAAAGUGGGGCUCCCGGGCUGGCAGGCUGGGCCCCAGGCACCACAAGUGCUGCCUCCCUGGACCGGGAGGCCCCUGGCUGCCUGUGUGGGAGAGGGAGGAGCAAGGACCUCCGAGGACCAGCACUCCAGGAAGCUCUCCUUCCCUCCUUCCUCAUUCUCCAGUUUCAUCACACACACCCCCCCCCCCAUCAAUGUGAAAGUUGGACUCACAGCCGGUCUGUGUGCCCAGUUCCCUCAAAGCCUGUUCUGUUGGGCAGCCUGUUCUUUGGCUACCUGAAUAUGGGUUCAGUCCUUUUGUCUCCUUUGCCCUCUGACCUUUUUCUCCCAUGCCUGGUGGUGUGGGGCCUGGGAGAGGGGCCAAACAUAUCCAAAGAACACACUGUCUCUGGAGAGUUGGAGCCCAUGGUGGUCUCUCUGCUGUCUGAAGAGUAAGGUGUGGUUGCUGGUGAGCUCUGUAUUUGGAUCUUGAGGGUGAGGUCUGGUCUCUUGAGGACCUCACUGUAGAGCCAGAGUCAAAACCCAGGAGGGAGCUAAUACUGUUCUUCUAGAUUGUAUUGCCACGCAGAGACUGGCAUCCCAUUCUCCUCCUCCAUUAGGUUCUGCCAAGAGUGCUUGCCAAAAAAAAAAGAGCCUUUCUUAGGUGGCCGCGGGGCCCACCCAGUAAGAUGCACACACCGAGGUUCUCUUUCCCUCGGCCACGUGGCUCCCCUUCCCGGACCUCACACUGGAGACUGAGGGAUUGGCUUACAUCUAUCAAGGUUUGACGCCUUCCUCUGGGCUCUCUGGCCAAACCAUCAACAGUGGACUGAUUUUCUCGCAAGACCUUGAAGGCCUCUGGGGACCCUUCUUCUACCGUCAGCCUUUCCUGGCUGCCUUCCAAGGGACACCACCCCCAUGCCAGUGUCCCAUCUGUCCCUUCUCCUGGAUUUCAAUGGAUUACUUGGCAGAAGCAGCCACCACUGAUAAGCACUUUGCAUAGCAAACAACUGUGAAUUCUGACAUCCCUUUCCCUUCCACCAGCAGCAGUAGGUGCCUCCUCUCAGACCAGUCCAGAGGUGCCUGAGAAGACCAAGGACACCAUUGUCAACUCAUCGCCAUUGGGCCAGGCAGGACAGGAGCCUGGCCAGCGUGCCACAUUUCACGCCCGUGCAGGCACGGGAAGCAACUAGUACCCCCCACCCCCAGAUUUGAAAGCUCUCCCCACAGUGAAGGUGGGCAAGAGAGGAGGGGGCCCCAGCAUGGGGAGACGUUCUAGAGGGGACAGGAUGACACUGGCAGUGUCCCCUGGGUGGGCGGGAAAGGGCAUCCAGUGUUAAAAGUACAGAAAUCUUGGACCUUGUGAGCAGUAAUAGAAAUAAAAGUUUGCUGAGGUUUGUUUUGUA